UUGAUUUUUAUCACUUUGACGAAAAUAUCCUCUUGUUUUGAGCACUCUUCUUAUAAACAAAAUUAACAACUCUCUCUUUCUUUCUCACAUUCUUCCCUUCUUCUUACAAUCUUGUAUCUUUCCUUAUUUCCAACUAUCGAACCAUGGAAGUCGUUCUUCAGCCUGUCGUCUCCGAACUCGUUAACAGGUUGUUUAAGAUAUUGGGGUCCAAUGAAGUGCAGGACUUUGCCCGGCAACUUGUUGGAGGGGUAGAUUCAGAGAUCAAAGAUCUGAAGGACAAGUUAAGACUCAUUGGAAAUCUUCUUGGCAAAAUGGAAGACAUGCAACUGUCAGAUGAUAGCGUAAAGAUCUGGUUUGACAAUCUUCAACAUUGGGCUUAUGAUGCGGAGGACUUACUGGAUGAGUUUGCCUACGAAGCUUUGCGACGCAAAUGCAAAGCAGAACACCAGGCUAGCUCCAGCGGAAGAUUUAGCUUUCUCCCUGCUUCUUUACCUAGUCCUUUGUUCGCUGUCCAGAUGCGGACCAAGAUCAAAAAAAUCAAUAGCCGGUUCGAACAACACUACCAGCAAAUAUUAAAAGAACGUCAGUUGCUGGAGCUUCCUGGACUGCCAUCAAAUAACGUCGCUGCACUGCAAAAACCAGGGGAAACUUCAUGCGUCCCGCCUCAGCAAAAGGUUUAUGGCAGAAAUGAAGAUGAAGCCGAACUAUUGAAAAUGGUGAAAAGCGGUGCCAACUUUCAAGUAAUAGCAGUUGUCGGCAUGGCAGGGAUCGGCAAAACAACAAUUGCUCGAGAAGUGUACAAUCACAAGGAGUUGGAAGAUUUCAAGUUUGAGAAAAAAGCGUGGGUGUGUGUUUCAACCACAACCACCUUUGACGUUCUCGAAAUCUCAAAGGCACUUCUUGUUGAAUUCAAGUCCUCCGUUCCAAAUAAUUUAAAUGCAGUGCAAGUUAGGCUAAAAGAAAAAGUAAGUGGAAAAAAAUUCUUGAUAGUAUUAGACGAUAUUUGGAAGGUGAGGGACAUCGAAUGGGAAACGCUUACGUCUCCUUUCGAAGCUGGUGCACCUGGAAGCACAAUGAUCGUGACAACACGCGAUACAGGUGUUCCACAAACAAUAAGAUGCCCUCAUACUUAUCCAUUAAAGUUUUUAUCCAACGAAGCUUGUGAGUCCUUGUUUAAGGAGCAUGCAUUUGGGACUGGUGCAGCUGCUGUUCCUAAUCAAAUUUCGGAUUCAAUUUACAAGAAAGUUGUUGAAAGGUGCGAAGGCCUACCACUGGCAGCAAAGACCCUCGGUGGUCUUCUACGCUUUGAGCAGAGCGGCACAUGGGAAAAUAUAUUGGAAAGCAAUAUAUGGAGUACAUUUGAUGAAAGGAAUCACAUUCUCCCAUCAUUAAAGCUAAGCUAUCAUUAUCUUCCUCCGAAUCUAAAAAGAUGUUUUGGCUAUUGCGCAAUUUUUCCUCAGGAUUACAAAUUUGAGGAGAAGGAACUUGCACUUUUAUGGAUUGCAGAAGGUAUUGUUCAACCAUCAAAUAAGCAACUGGAUGAGGCAAGUGAGUGUUUUCACAAAUUAUGUUCAAGGUCGCUUUUCCAACAAUUCAGUAGUGAUAGUUCUAAAUAUGUUAUGCAUGAUUGUGUUCAUGAACUUGCUCAAUUGGUUUUUAAAAGAAUCAGUUUUAGAUCUAAGCAAAAUAUUAUUGAGUUGCCGGAGAAGGUUCGUUAUUUUACUUAUGAACCUGGUUAUUAUAAUGGAAAAAAUAAAUUUGAAGCCUUGGAAAAAGCAAAAAGUCUAAGAACAUUUUUAUCUGUGAGGCCUUUGUCAAAGUGUUAUAUAAGUGCUACUGUUAUUUUUGAUUUAUUGCCAAAGUUUGAAAUGUUGAGAACACUAUCUUUUGAAGGAUAUCAAAUCAUUUAUUUACCUGAUUCAAUUGGAGAUAUGAUACAUCUAAGGUAUCUCAACUUCUCCCAUACUAAGAUAAGAAGUUUGCCUGAGUCAAUAUGUCAGUUAUUUAACUUGCAAACUUUGCUAUUGAAAGAUUGUUUUGAUCUUAUGGAGUUACCUUCCAACAUGAGAUAUUUGACCAAUCUAUGUCAUCUUGAUAUAAGUGGUCAAAAUUCAUUGAGAGAGAUGCCAUAUGGAAUGAAAGAGUUGAAAAAUCUUCAAGUGUUGUCUAAUUUUAUUGUGGGAGAGGAUAAACGUUCUUAUUUGGAAGAUUUGAGGAGCUUAAGUUUUCUUCAAGGAGAGCUUCACAUUUCAGGAUUACAGAAUGUGACAGGUUCAAAUCAAAUACCAGGGCAAAUGUUAAGCAAUAUGAGCAAACUGAAAGUGUUGUUACUAGAAUGGGGGCAUCAAGUAAACUCACAGGCAACAAAUGUAGAAAUGAAUCUACUUGACAAGCUAAAACCUCCUAUCAAUUUAAGAGAACUCACAAUCAGAGGCUAUGGUGGUAAAAGUUUUCCAUCUUGGUUAGGAGACUGGUCAUGGCUCUCUAAUUUGGUGGCCCUUAAAUUAGAAGAAUGUAAGAGUUGCACGUCUUUGCCUUCACUUGAAAUGUUGAGCUCACUUGAAGACUUAACCAUUAAAAAGAUGGCAAGUCUAAAAAGAAUAGAUUUUCGAACACCUUUCAAGUCAUUAAAAUUUCUUCAUUUUAAGGAUUUGGAAGAAUGGGAGCAUUGGGACGACUGGAGAGGAAAUGAAGAUACUGAAAUUUAUCCUAAGCUGCGUGUGCUUUCUAUUGUAAGAUGUCCCCAACUUAUUGGAAAAGUAUCUAAUCGUCUUUCUUCAUUAGAAAGAUUUGUUAUUAAGGAUUGUCCAAAGUUGGUGGUCUCAUUCUCAAAUUAUCCCAUUCAUUGCAAAUUAGAAAUUGAUGGUUGUGAAGGAACGGUGUGUAAUGAUGGUUCAAUUGAUUUUGAGAAUUUGUAUUCUGAAUAUUUUGCAAAUAUUUUGACAGUUGAAGAUAAAUUAAAGGAAGGUUCUCAAAGAGUAUAUCGUUUGAGGAUUUCUCGCAAUGAAGAAAUUAUGAAAUCAUGGCAAAGUUUGGGAAACACCAAUUUUCUUUCCAAUAUAAAUUCUCUUGAGAUUUGUGCCUGUCAUAAUCUAAGAUCUAUUGAAAGGGGCAUGCUACCAUCAUCUCUGAAAGAAUUUCAUAUUAAUUUCUGGCAGCGUCUAACAUUCAUUGAUAGCGAUGCCUUACCUUUAUCUCUAAAAAGGCUUAGGAUUGACAUAUGUGAAGAAUUGAAAUUUUUGAAGAAUUUAAGUGUUUGUUCUCUUAUUGAGUCCAUAGAUGUUUCUUGGUGUAAAUCUCUCAAGUGGAUAUCAUUAGAUGGUCCGUUGCCUGAGACACUCAACCAGCUAUAUGUUAGAGAUUGCAAAGCACUGGAAACAUUAUCAUCUCGUAGAAAUGAGUACCUCCCUAAGGCACUUACAUCUAUCGACAUCAGGGAUUGUAAAGAGCUAAAGUCAAUUGGUGAGUCCUUUGAUAAUAGCACGUGUCUUAACAAUAUUACUUUAUGGGGUUGUGAAAAUCUUGAAUCCUUACCUUCAGGUCUACACCAUCUUCCUUGCCUCGAGUCUAUUGUAAUAUGGGAGUGUCCAAAAUUGUCGGCGAGAGAAGGUGUUCCCACCAGCCUUAGACAACUCUUAAUUAAUGAAUGUGAAGAUGGCAAGGGAAUGGGAAUGCUCGCCUCUCUAAAAGAGUUGAGCAUCUGGGACCUCCCACAACUUAAAUCUAUCUCAGACCUCACCAAUCUCACCUCUCUAAAACACUUGAAUAUCUGGGAACUCCCUCAGCUUGAACUAAUUCCAAAUCUCAGCGGCCUCACCUCUCUUCAAAAGUUGAAGAUCGAUGGUCUCCCACAGCUUGAAUCAAUCCAAGAUCUGAGCAACCUCACCUCUCUUGAAGAUUUAGAAAUUUCCGAAUGCCCAAGGAUCAAAUCAAUUCCAAGUCUCAGCGGCCUCACCUCUCUUCCAAAGUUGAAGAUCGCUGAUCUGCCACAGCUUGAAUCAAUCCAAGAUCUGAGCAACCUCACCUCUCUUACAGAUUUCAGAAUUUCUGAAUGCCCAAGGAUCAAAUCAAUUCCAAAUCUCAGCGGCCUCACCUGUCUUCAAAACUUGGAGAUCGCUGAUCUGCCACAGCUUGAAUCAAUCCAAGAUCUGAGCAACCUCACCUCUCUUGAAGAUUUACAAAUUUCCAAAUGCCCAAGGAUCAAAUCAAUUCCAAGUCUCAGCUGCCUCACCUCUCUUCAAAAGUUGACGAUCUUUGAUCUGCCACAGCUUGAAUCAAUCCAAGAUCUGAGCAACCUCACCUCUCUUGAACAUUUACAAAUUUCCAAAUGCCCAAGUCUUAUAUCAAUUCCACAUCUCAGCAGCCUCACCUCACUUCAGUCUUUACAUGUUACAGAUUGUCCACUGCUUAUAAAACGAUGGAAAAGUGUUGCAGGAAAAUAUUCCUCAAAGAUUGCUCAAAUUCCUGAAGUUGUAAUAGAUGGCAAAUUCAUCUACAAUUCAAAGGAGUACGAAGUUGAUCGUUGGAGCGGAUUUUUCUAAUUUUCCCGAUAGCACAGAUACGCCUAAUUCCAUCAAAGCUGAUGAUCAACAAGAAUCUCUCAAUGGUGGUUUGUCCAGGACUGCUAUGCUUAGAUUCAAUGUUACAGAAAUCACUGGAAAGGCGUAAAAUGAUCCCAAAUCAUUUCUGUUCCGCACAUCUAAUUACACAUUUUCUACCUUACUAUUGGGUUUAUAUAUGGAGUCUACCAAUUGAUGAGAGCAAAACCAAGUAAUGGAUUUCUAUAUAUCUUGCUGAAGCAGAGCAACUGGGCAGGAACGUGUGGAGGCAAGUGUUGAGCUAUCUUCAUUCUCAAAUUGAACAAUUGAUUUAAAAUUUGAUCUCCUUCCGUUUUAGAUUGAUUAAUUAGAACAAAAUUUUGAGUUGCCAACAAGAUUCUUGGAUUGGAGUUUUAUAAGCAAGAAGCAAGUAAAUAAUUGAAAGUGGUUCCUCUGUUCCAAAACUUCUCUACUUUGUCAUCUCAUGGAUUGUCUCAACUCUUGUGGUUCCAAGGUAAUCAAAAGUGCCACUGUCUCCAACUUAGACAAGCAACUGUUAGAACCUAAUCCUGGCAUGUCUAAAUUUUCCGGAUCUAAACUUACUGCGUGUCUGCUUGCUGAAAUUCCAAUACUGAGAUUGUAUCUUCUAGCUGUUGCAACGAUUAAUCAAGCAGCAUUUUUCCUGCUUGUGUGUAUGGUAUUUUUAUUGUUAUCUCAUUGUUUUUGUUUAUGCAAAGACAUAUUGUGAAAUGCAUCAUUAUUAAUCUAUGGUUUACACUUUAUAGCUUAUUUAAGGAAUCAUUAUUUACUUUCUCUUUGCAAACAACACUAUGCAGGAUCCAACUUUGAUAACAAAUUCUUGUACAUUUUUAGAUCUUUGAAAUGAUGACAAGUUUAUGUCUUUUCUGCAGAAACUGCAAGAGUAAAAAUCUCUAGAAUCACAUCUCAUAUACUUUGGAGAUCAAGAGGUGUUAUGCUUAUAUAACUUACAAGAUUUGAUACGUUCUAGUCCUCACUAAAUUAACUAAACAGUUUCAUAUUCUUUAAGUAAGUUAUUAAAAGGAUUGCUCUCAAAGUCACGCUAUUUUCUGUCGGUUAGCCUGUUUGCAACACAAAUAUUGAUAUUUGUCUCUUGUUACUUGACAACUUGUUGAAAUAAAGAAAAGGCAAGGCAAGGCAAGGUAAGGCAAGAAAUCUCCUAAAGCAAAUUGAUGAGAUUAAAACAUAUUACAUCGCUUCAAAUAUUUGUGAUAUGGUUACAGGGUUUGAAAGUUAAGCACACAAACAACAAUACGGCUGCAAAAAAGGGAGAAAAUAUGAAGAGUUUUGAAGAAUAAACCAUUAGAUCAUUGCUUCACAAUCUUGGGCCUUAUCGUGUUCCUAUAACAUUGUAAACUUAAUGUGAUGAUAAGAGGAAUGUGAUGCUGGUAGGGCAACAAUGUAGGUAGAGGAAAUCUACUAAAGCAGCAUGACAUCAAUUCCAAUCGUGGAUCAAAGAAAGCCAAAACAAAAAAAAAAACACUUUAAAAUCUCGUCUCUUGAACUUGUGGAGAUUAAAAAGUGUUAUCCACUUGUACAUUUUGUUAGAGAAGUUUGGAGAAAGAAAUAAAAGGGAAGUCAAAGUAGCUUUAACAGAAUACAUGACAAGAAUUUUUCUGGGUAAACUGGAUAAGAUUAAAAGACUAGAUUCACCCACUAUUUUAAUUAUGGUGAUCUAGGCACACAAUUGGAAACAUUAAGUUCACUAACAUCAAACAGCUAGUGACUUGGAGAAAAUCUAAAAACUUUUAAGGCCACAAACCACUAGAUCAUUGCUUCACAGACUCAGGGCUUCAUCAUGUCAAAAAAUGCAGUUGCAGGGUGCUACAGACCUGGAGUUUUGCCUUGAAGCUGCUGUUCACUGCUGCUGGAUUAGUGGUAUCAGGAUGUUUGCUGGAGAUUUUAAUGUGUUUGGGGAUGAAAUACAUGCUGAAGAUGUAGUCCUGGGUAGGCUCUUCCUUGCUGCUGCACUCCUGUUGCUGGACUAAUACUGGAACAAGAAAUCUGGAAUUUAUGUGGAAUUUAUGUUCCAUUGUGUGCUGAAUGUGAGACAAAUUUUUUUGUUCUUGAUUGCACAGUGAAUUGAAGACAAAAUUUUUUGUCCUUAA